CGGUCGCAGCCUCGCGCCUCCCAUCUCUCUGGAUAUUUACGGGAUUUCUACCGUCCGUUUACGCCGCGUUUCCUGUUCAGGCUUCACACAAAGAGCCACAUUUCUCUCCGUUAUCCCAUAUUCCAUCCGGACCGGAAGAAAGACGCGGCAUCGUCGGAUUACAUGACCGUUACCGCACAGCGAUCCGACUGUCUCCGCUUCUCCGUGCGCAACAUUCCGGGAAUCCAGACCAGCUCUGUGCAACACAGCGUAGCUUUCAUUCAUUCUUUCUAUCUCUCUGUAUUUUGGACAAAGGAAUCCGACCACGUUUAGUUCAUAAACAAAGCAAGAGAAGAUAUAACGCGGAUUAGAUCACUUUGUGCAUCACGCCAUGCGUUUAAAAUCCGAUCCUGAACCGGAUCCUGAACCGGUUUUCACUCAUUAAUGCCGGGAUUUAUACCGUAGAAAACGUCAUGCAACGUCAUGUUGCCUUUUCGGGCAUCUAUUUAUCUAUCUAUCUAUCCAUCUAUCCAUCCAUCCAACUUAACGGUCUGGCUGUGAUCACGCUUUAGCGCGUUGAAACCGCGACGCACGAGCGCACUUUUCUCGCGUCAUGCCGUGUUUUUGCACAGCACCAAACAAUAUUCAGUCGUAGCUCCAAUCUGCACUCCGGAUCGUCUGUUCUUACGGAAAGUUAGAGAAACCGAAAUCCAUCCGGAGCGCGAUGACGCGCGUGCAGAGACACAGAGAGGGAGGGAGGGAGAGCGCGCGAUGAGGCUCACGCACUCUGAUAAAGCCACUACCCAAACUUUGUCAUUCAUUCACGCAGCCGGUGUCUCUUAAAGCCGUUUGGCAGGGAGCAUACUAACUCUGUCUGCGGUGUAAAUGGCGUUCCGGAAGUUACCCGGUGUGUCGGUGUCAGCCAUGGGCCUCCGCUUGUCUCAGAAAUUCGCCUUUCUGCUUUUUCUCUCCGGUUUGGUCACGCUGUGCCUCGGGGCUCUGUUUUUUCUUCCUGACUCCGUUCGCCUCAAGCGCUUUUUCCUGCCCAAGACCGAGAGUGCGCCAGCGAACACGGCGGCGACCCAAAGCGGCGCGAUCGUGGAGCUCGCGGAAAAAGCGCACGCUGAGCGGGAGCGCCAGGAGCGCGAACGGAGCGCCCCGUUUAAACCCGAGCCGAACGGAAAGCUCAGAGUGAGCCGGAAGCCAUCUGUGACGCGCGGCGAUGCCACCGGCGGGACCGUGGAGAGACCUCUGGGAGCGCACGAGGAGCGCAGGGCAAGAACGCAGCGCGGGGACGCGACCGAAGGCACCACAGCUGGACGCGCCAAAGGCUGCACUUAUGACACUUUCCGAAAGUGUUUGCUCAAACCAGCGCUCGGGAAUGACCGAGGAAAACCGUCAGACCAACAAACUGUACAGAGGAGGGAUAAAGUCAGAGAGAUGAUGAAAUUCGCCUGGGACAACUACAGACGUUAUGCAUGGGGCCAGAACGAGCUCAGGCCGCUCACCAAAAACGGCCACAUCGGCAACAUGUUCGGGGGUCUGCGAGGAGCCACCAUUGUGGAUUCUCUGGAUACACUGUACAUCAUGGGUCUAACAGAGGAUUAUAAAGAGGCUAAAGAGUGGAUACGCACCAGCCUGGACCUGGACUUGAGUGGAGAGGCUUCUGUUUUUGAGGUGAAUAUCCGGUACGUUGGAGGCCUGUUGUCUGCAUACUACCUGACUGGAGAAGAGGUGUUUAAGCAGAAGGUGCUGGAGCUUGGUGAGAAGCUGCUGCCGGCAUUCAACACUCCGACCGGCAUCCCACGAGGAGUCAUUAACCUGGGCAGUGGCACCAGCUGGAAUUGGGGCUGGGCGUCAGCUGGGAGCAGCAUCCUGGCUGAAUUCGGGACGUUGCACCUGGAGUUUAUGCACCUGUCGGAACUUUCCGGAAACCCCAUUUUCACAGAGAAGGUGAUGAACAUCCGCAAGCUGCUGGAUAGGAUCGAGAAGCCCCAGGGCCUGUAUCCCAAUUUCCUGAGCCCUGUCAGUGGGAACUGGGUCCAACAUCACGUUUCUCUCGGAGGCCUAGGAGACAGCUUCUACGAGUACCUGAUCAAAUCAUACCUGAUGUCAGACAAGACGGAUGAAGAAGCUAAGCGCAUGUACUACAGCGCUCUGGAGGCGAUAGAGAUCAACUUGGUGCAGAAAUCUUCAGGAGGUCUUACAUACGUAGCUGAAUGGAGAGGCGGAAUUCUCGACCAUAAGAUGGGGCAUCUGGCUUGUUUCGCCGGCGGGAUGGUGGGCAUCGGGGCAGACGAUGGCACUCCAGAAAAGAGGCAGCACUACCUAGACCUGGCUGCCGAGAUCACAAACACAUGCCAUGAGUCUUACAGUCGCUCAGCCACGAAGCUCGGCCCCGAGGCGUUCCGCUUCGACGGAGGUGAAGAGGCGACGGCCACCAGACUGAGCGAUCGCUACUACAUCCUGAGGCCGGAGGUCAUAGAGAGCUACAUGUACAUGUGGCGUCUGACUCACGAUCCCAAGUACAGGGAGUGGGGCUGGCAGGCAGUGGAGGCACUGGAGAAAUCCUGCCGCAUCGAAGGAGGAUUUUCAGGGAUCAGAGACGUCUAUGCUAGCACGGUCAGCCAUGACAACAUGCAGCAGAGCUUCUUCCUGUCUGAAACGCUUAAAUAUCUGUACCUGCUUUUCUCCGACGAUGACCUGCUGCCUCUGGAUGACUGGGUGUUCAACACCGAGGCUCAUCCUUUACCGAUCAUCCGCAAGAGCUGCUUGGAGGAGCACCACAGUGGCACCACACGAGACACGCAAAACACACACCUAAUGUAACCUGCAAUGACACACCCUGAUACCCACAUGCACAGCGAGGCAGGGCCUUGGUUUCCAGCAGCCCUGCCCGCAGCCCCUCGGCUCCUUCUCCUGUAAAGGAUCUCGUGCUGCACGCUGUGAUCGUAACAUCUGAGCCGGGACUUUCUCUGUGGACAAUCAAAAUGAAUAUUACUUUUGUGACAAGAGCACCUUUGUUCCCUUCUUUCUUUCCUCUGUGAGGAAAAUUGAAUAUUCUUCAAGCCCAGAUUGGCGGGUGGGCGUCGCCUCAUCACGGGCUACUUUGCUAGAAAGAAAAAAAAUCGCUUCACUUUUCUUCAGCACUGUCCAUCUUAAUUCUGUCCAUCUUUUUACUCUUUUUUACAAGCUAGUGAAGGCAAUUUGUGGAUGAUUUGUUUUUAUUAAAUGACUCUUUUAAGUGAUUUGCAAGCUUAAAAGAACAGAAAGCAACAGAAUUUCAGCAGUGAACAGGCAUUACAUAAUUGAGUAAUUUUUUUUUUCCAAUAAUCAGUACAUAACCCUGUUAUCAUUAUCCAGUUUGCCUUCCAGUCGUCUUACCUGAUUUACCCUAUGUAGUGUUCUUCUUUCAUCUACAUUAUCGGUGUCCUUUCCUGAUCUGCAGUAAUAACUUGAUUGGACGCUUGAAUCUCUGUCCGUCUGUCAUAACAUAAUCGACAUGUCAGUGUGGUUCCCUUGUGUUUUAACCCAAUAUGCAUUAUUUGUAUCAUUACUCAAUCAUCUGUUUUCUGUGUCAUUACCCAAUCUGUGUCCCCCAUGCUGUAAGCCAGCAUCGGUGUGUCAUAUCUCAAGAUUUUUUUUACUGCACAUUAUUAACCAAUCUGUCUCCUGUCAUUAGACAGUUUGUGUCUAAGGCUGUAACCUAAUCUGCAUCUUGCUUCACUCCCCAUUCUGCUUCCUUCAUUCCCUUCUCUACCCAAUCUGCAACACCGUCACUCAACCAACCCAAGCACAAAGUCUCCUUUGCUGUGUUUGUUACAUGAUCCACAUUCCUUGUGUCUUUAAUCAGAUUCUUAGAUUCUCUGUAUCAGCAGCCAGUCGGUGUGCAAUGGAGACGUUACCAUGUCUUUUGUAACCCAAUCUGUGCUUCUCGCGUCAUUACCUGAUUAAACUUCCUCUGUGUCCAAUUCUGAGUUCCUCGUGUUAUAACCCAGUCUGCAUGUGUCAUUACCCAAUCUGCAUCCCAGUGUCAUUACCCAGUGUGCAUCCCAGUGUCAUUACCCAAUGUGCAUCCCAGUGUCAUUACCCAAUGUGCAUCCCAGUGUCAUUACCCAAUGUGCAUCCCAGUGUCAUUACCCAAUGUGCAUCCCAGUGUCAUUACCCAAUCUCCAUCCCAGUGUCAUUACCCAAUCCGCAUCCCAGUGUCAUUACCCGAUCUGCAUCCCAGUGUCAUUACACAAUCUACAUCCCAGUGUGAUUACCCAAUCUGCAUCCCAGUGUCAUUACCCAAUCUGCAUCCCAGUGUCAUUACCCAAUCUGCAUCCCAGUGUCAUUACCCAAUCUGCAUCCCAGUGUCAUUACCCAAUCUGCAUCCCAGUGUCAUUACCCAGUGUGCAUCCCAGUGUCAUUACCCAAUGUGCAUCCCAGUGUCAUUACCCAAUCUGCAUCCCAGUGUCAUUACCCAAUCUGCAUCCCAGUGUCAUUACCCAAUCUGCAUCCCAGUGUCAUUACCCAAUCUGCAUCUCCCUUGUAAUUCCUCAAUCUGUGUCCUCUGUGUCGCUAUUUUAAUGUGACCCCUCCAUCACUGACCUUUUUUUUUUUUCACUAAUUUUCACAAAGAUUUCAUUCAUCAAACACAGAAACCAAAAAAAAAAGUCCAAUAUGGAUUCACUAAAAUAGCUCACUCACAUGCUUCAUAACUAAAUAUCCAUCAUUUAAUCUUACAGAAUGUUUGUCCAAAACUCCUCAGACAUCAAUAAUCCGAUUUUGCUUUGCUUCUUUGUUUUGCUGUUUUGUUUGCUUUUCAUCCCGACCUACAGUAGGUGUAUGAAAGCCUACGAGUGGGAAAUAAAUACAGAAAUUCAAAGGUGGUUUUGAAAUAUUGUUUUUUUUACGAUAUUUCCUUUGAACAGUAUCAGAAGCAGAGGGCAUAUGAGAGUAAGAGAACCAAGAGAGCUUUGUGUCAUGCUUCAAAAAGCAGCAUGGACAAGUAGGAAUAGGGGAAUACACACACACACACACACACACACGUAUAAACAGCAUACACACACAAAGAGCAAAAAGUGACAUGACACAAGUCCACAAAUCUCCUCUAGCUCCCUUCAUCUCUGCCUGAGCAGCUGCACUGAGAGUCUUGAGUUUUUUUGAUCCACCACACUGCAGGAAUGUGCUGUACAUAACCAAAUGAGUGUGACUGUGAGUGACCUGUAUUGUUAAUCUGUUAAUCUGCCCCAGAUUAUCUCCCUCGUUCUUCUUUUUUUUUUUUUCGUCUGUAUCUUCUCAUACUUCUCUAUCUCUUUUUUUUCUUCCAUUCUUUAGAUUUUUCUGUACAAUUGUAUUCUUUCCUUUGAUUUUCAUUUGAUUCCCUCAGGUGUUUCUGGAAAAGGAGAAACGUUGAUGAUUAUCGUUACCUUUUAAUUAUGCUAUGAAUUAUCCUUGUUGAUUUGACUUAUCUUUCAAUGUUGUUGUAUAUUUUCAGAUACUGGUUCAAAAAAAAAAAAAUAUCUGUGCAAAUUUAUACAUUUAAAAUAACUGCACAAACCUUU